UUUUAUCAACAGGGAUUCAAUGAUGACACGAGUUGCGACCAUAACUUGACCAAAAAAUAACGGAUAUCCAUGAAAAAUAUUUAACCACUGUGUUGUCAUCAUAACGUGAGAAAAUGACAAGUGGAACCUGAAAAAAUAAAAUGUGGACAAAGAUUAAGCUCUGACAUGCCUGGUGUUAGUUCAUCAUGGAAUGAGGCUAACUCCACAACCCCAUGGGGAAGCGAGGGGCUGGUAGCGUACGGCGUAGUAAUGUCCCUCAUACUAACGACUGGCUUGACGGGAAAUAUCCUCACUAUCAUCGUGUUAAUGCGUCGAGAGCAUCGCUCCAAAGUUAUCACACCUUUUAUGAUCAACGUGGCCGUGCUGGACUUGAUCAUCAUCGCGCUUGGGUACCCUGUGGCUAUAAUAGCCAAUUUUACGGGCAUUCGAAUGAAGGAGGGAGAUUCCCAAUGUCAAUGGACGGCGUUUAUAAAUGGCGCAACCGGAAUUGCGGCGAUCAUUACUCUUACAGCCAUGAGCAUAGUGAUGCGGAAUACCAUCACGCACCCUAUUGUGAAGAAGAGGUUAUCGUGUAAAUAUCUGUUUGGUAGCCUCUGUGCGAUCUGGACGUAUGGUAUCUUGACCAUGUUACCGCCUCUAGUGGGAUGGUCAAAGUUUGUGCCCGGUGCGGCAAAGGUUAGCUGUGGGCCCGACUGGGAGACCCAGAACGCGUCUACUUUGUCCUACAACAUCGUGCUUUUGAUCGUGGGGUUUGUCAUUCCUGUUGGUAUUAUUUCUGCUUGCUACUUAAACAUUUUCAGGUUCCUUCGUUCUCAGCCUGUUCCACCAGCCUUUAUUUGCAUCGUCUUCUCAACUCUCGUUAUCAUGUUUGCUAGGUUCCUUCGUUCUCAGCCUGUUCCACCAGCCUUUAUUUGCAUCGUCUUCUCAACUCCCGUUAUCAUGUUUCCUAGGUUCCUUCGUUCUCAGCCUGUUCCACCAGCCUUUAUUUGCAUCGUCUUCUCAACUCUCGUUAUCAUGUUUCCUAGGUUCCUUCGUUCUCAGCCUGUUCCACCAGCCUUUAUUUGCAUCGUCUUCUCAACUCUCGUUAUCAUGUUUCCUAGGUUCCUUAGUUCUCAGCCUGUUCCACCAGCCUUUAUUUGCAUCGUCUUCUCAACUCUCGUUAUCAUGUUUCCUAGGUUCCUUCGUUCUCAGCCAGUUCCACCAGCCUUUAUUUGCAUCGUCUUCUCAACUCUCGCUAUCAUGUUUCCUAGGUUCCUUCGUUCUCAGCCUGUUCCACCAGCCUUUAUUUGCAUCGUCUUCUCAAAUCUCGUUAUCAUGUUCCUUAGUUCUCAGCCUGUUCCACCAGCAUUUAUUUGCAUCGUCUUCUAA